AUGCCUGUACUGGUCUCCAGCCAGAACCUGUCAUCAUCAUCCUCUCCUGCAUCAAGCACCACCACUACCACCAAUAAUAACAACAUCACAACACAAUCAACAACCACUGUUGAAUCCAAUCUCAAAACCAUCAAAAUUCCCAUCGAACUCCAAAAAUCACUUCUUCCCUCCAGUCUCCUAUCCGAACAUGAAAAUUCAACAUCCUCGUCGAGUGCACUCCUACAGGAACAAGUCGUUCAACAAUUGAUGGACUAUCGUGAGGAAUCAUUAGCCAAGGCCUAUAUGAUGUUGAAUGUUCCAUUACCACCCAAUUUGCCCACCCUGAAAGAUUCAUUUACCGCCAAUGCUCAACUGACUUUACAACCGACCAAUAACCAUAAUUCGAAUCAGAUGCCUUCUUCUUCUCUCCAACAACAACAACAACAAACACUCUCACAAUUCUAUCAUGAAAAUCCCAAAGUUGAGAAAUUGAAACCAGCCACACAAGAUAAAUUCCAUCAAAGUGAAUUGAAAAAGGUAACCAAACAAAUACAGAGUCAGGUCGAGAAGGCGAUCGUCCAUCAUGCUUCAUCGGUGGGAGCAUCCGAGAGUUCAGCCUUGUUGGAUCGGGAACAAUGGAUGGCACGAGCUCUCAAGAGAAAUCCGAAUGUAUUGGCUCUCAUGGAGAGAAUGCGUCCAUUGAGUAAACAACCAAGUCAUAGUGCUGCAUUGAUGCAACACAAUGAAGCUGGAGGUUUCUCAUCGAUGGCUUCCCUCAAGUCUGCUUCUUCGAGUUUUAGAAAAUUGAAAAGUCAGGCAUCCAUUGGCUCCGAUCCCAACUCUCCUCGAGUGAGUACGACUUCUAUUACUGGUACGACGAAUACGACGACUGGCGGAGUCAAUAGUCCAUUGCAGAGAAAUCCAAGUGAGGGUAAUAUUGGUGGAUUCGUCAAUAUGAAUUUAUUGAAUGGAACUCCAGGGAGUGGAUUUGAAGCUGGAACAAGAGAUUCCGUGCCAGUAGGUGCAACGAGUUCCACAAAUUCGAUUUCUGCACUAACCUCCAAUCCUGCAGGACUCUCUCUAUUGAUGGGUAUGACGGAUAGUAAUGGAGACAUGACAGGAACCUCGAAUGAUCAGGAGAAACAAAAAAGAAGUGCUCUUGAUUAUGCGGAUGUGUUGGGAACUGUUGAAAACAGAGAGGUUUUGUCUCGUGAGAUACUUUUACAAUUAGUGUAUCAACACUUGUCACAGCGUGGAUUGUAUCAAACGAUUGAAGUCAUGGAAGAAGAAACUGGAAUCAAGUAUAAUGGCUAUCGAUCGGAUCGAACAGAUACCAAAGAUUCAUUAAUUACCACUCUGCUCUGUCUUGGCAUUAAAGAUAUUGAAAAGCCCUAUGCAUUACCGCAAUCAGAUUUGAUAGAUCUUGAUACGGAUGUUGAGGUUCAAACCGCUAGUAUUUAUCAUCACUUUGAAGAGGAUGAUGUUGGUGACAUGAGAAAACCAUUGUGGGCUGAAUUAUUGAGCAACGAAGAUGAUAAUAUCGAUUUCGUUGGUUCUGAAUUGAAGAGUGCUUCUCUCAACAAGUUAAUUGAAAGAUUGACUAAUCCAGACACCGAUGCCAGGUUUAUUCAAUGCUUCCUUGUAACAUAUCGCUCAUUUACAGUUCCAGAAAUUUUACUUCACAAACUUUGCCAAAGAUAUCGAGUUCCCAAGUGUCCAAAGCAUAUUUCUCCUGAAGUAUGGAACAAAAAUAAGGAAACCAUUCAAAUCAGAACAGGUAACAUUUUAAACAAGUGGAUUGACGAAUUUUUCACACUUGAUUGGAAUGAAAACAUGAUUCGUGAGCUCACGGUCUUCAUUGAAGAUUUCCUUCUCAAACACAAACAAACGAGCAAAAUGGGUCUCAGAAUUCGUGGAAGACUUGCUCAAAAAUUAGCCAGUAGCAGAAAUAAGGAAGAAAAACUCAGUUUCUCUGAGACACCAGUUCCACCCGUUGUACCAGCCACUGUAUUUUCACCAAAAUUAUCAAUUUGGGACAUUAGAGAAGAUGAAUUGGCAAAACAAAUUACUUAUAUGGAUCACAAUUUGUAUCGUAAUAUUGAAGCUCAUGAAUUGCUGAACUGCUCAUGGUCCAAACCAAAACUCAAACACCGUUCUAAAAAUGUCAUCAAAAGUAUUGACUUUUUCAACAGACUUUCUAACUGGCUUGCUACACAAAUCACCCAUGAAGAAUCAUUCAGAGAAAGAAAAGCUAAACUUGCCAAAUUGAUGAACCUUGCCAAACACAUGUUCAAGUUAAACAAUUUUAACAGCUUGAUGGCUUUGAACAGUGCUUACGAAAAUGCUGCUGUUCACCGUUUGAAUUUGAGUAUCAACGAUAUUGACGAGAAACUGAGAGAAGAAUUCGCAGCAUGUUGCAAAGUCAUGUCACCUGAUUCUGCUUUUAAGGCCUAUCGUACUCACAUCAAAGAAGAAGUGAAACCUCCAUUGAAUAUUUAUCUUGGUAUUUAUCUCACUGACUUGACAUUUAUUGAAGAUGGUAAUCCAGAUAUGAUCAAACACUCCAAGACGAAUCGAAUGUUGAUCAAUUAUAAGAAGAGACAGCUCGUUGCCAAUCAAAUUGCAGAAGUGAUGCAAUAUAAGAAUCCACCCUAUAAUAUUCAACAAGUACAUCAAAUUCAAGAGCUCUUGCGAAAUACUCUUCAAAAUCAUGACAUUAUUGAUGAUAAGGUUCUUUAUGAUAAAUCAGUGCAAGUAGAACCAAGAGGUGCCAAAAGAGAAGACUUGAAGCCAUAA